AUGUCUCGUCAAUUGAAUGCCACUCCGGGUAGUCCACCUAAAGCAAUAAAAUCCAGAGGCGGUCUAUAUUUGUCUGAGUUUCUCAGGGCUCUAGACGGUGUGUUAUCGCAAGAAGGCCGAGUCCUCAUUAUGACUACAAAUCAUAUGGCACGUUUGGAUCCUGCAUUAUUACGACUUGGCCGUGCAGGCAUCAAGGCCUUGCUUCCAUCCGCCGAGGAAGAUGUUAUAUCCCAGCCGCUGCGACAGGAGUAUGUUUGUCUAUAUUGUCACUGCUUCAUUUAA